AUGGCCCAUAGCUACCUCCGGUGGUCUCUUGUCGGAUUCAUUGUAUCACUGCAUGUUUUAACCUCUUGUAACGCAACAGAUUCCGAAUCCGAAAUCCUUCUCAAGUUCAAAGAUUCUCUGGGUUACAAUGCAGCAUUGGCCAGUUGGAAUUCCUCAACAUCACCCUGCUCCAAAAAGGGUAAGGGCGCGAAUUGGGAGGGUGUCAACUGCGAGAACAGGACCAUCUCGGGAUUACAGCUCGAGAAUAUUGGACUCACCGGCGACAUCAGCUUUGACGCCCUCAGGGAAUUGGAAUCUCUGAGAACUAUAAGCGUGAAAAACAAUAGCCUUGAGGGCCCCAUGCCCAACAUCAAAAUCAUCCCUUGGCUCAGAUCAGUGUUCCUGUCUAACAAUAAAUUUUCCGGGGAUAUUCCGGCCGACGCCUUUGAUGGAUUGACCGGGUUGAGGAAAGUUCAUUUGGCAGAGAACAAGUUCACGGGUCAGAUUCCAUUGUCCCUCACUAUUCUUCCUCGCCUUCUGGACUUGAGGCUUGAGGGGAAUCAAUUUGAAGGUGAAAUACCAGAUUUUGUACAAAAGGGAUUGGAAAUAAUGAAUGUAUCCAACAAUGCAUUGGAGGGUCCAAUCCCUUCAAAGCUCGGUGGGAUGGAUGCAAGCUCGUUUUUAGCCAACAAAGAUCUAUGUGGACGCCCACUGGCAGCAUGUUCUCCCCCAAAACUAUCCCUUGUGACCAUCGUCACCGUGGUGAUAGCUGUGGUGGCAGCUUUAGCUGCCAUAGCUACAGUUUUCUUCAUACUUUACCGGCGCCGAUCCCAAGCGCCUCCACCGGAAGAGGCUCCACGAUCAGAGCGAGGCCACACGAAAUCGGACUCUUCUGAUUUCGACAAAAUGGAGACAGGUAUGCCGGAGAUAUCCUCACACGGCAAGAAGGACGAGAACGGGCACGGGAAGUUGAUUUUUCUGAAAGAUGAUGUAGAGAAAUUCGACUUGCAAUCGUUGCUAAAAGCCUCGGCUGAGAUGUUGGGCAGUGGGAGCUUUGGAUCUUCAUACAAAGCCUCUCUUGUCGGUGGUCCAGUGAUGGUCGUGAAGAGGUUUAGGAAAAUGAAUAAUGUGAACAGAGAAGACUUUCAAGAGCAUGUAAGAAGAUUAGGCAGGUUGAGACAUCCCAAUUUGCUUCCUCUUGUGGCCUAUUACUAUACCAAGGACGAGAAGCUCUUGGUUAAUAACUUUGUUAACAACGUCAGCUUGGCUGUUCAUCUGCAUGGCAACCGAUACAGUGGGAAGCCAAGGCCUGAUUGGGCAGCAAGACUGAAAAUCAUCAAGGGAGUAGCAAAGGGCCUUCAAUUCCUCUACACUGAGCUUCCUGCCCUAAUUGCACCUCAUGGCCACCUCAAGUCAUCAAACGUUCUUCUUGGUGAAAUUUUCGAGCCCCUCCUCACGGACUAUGGACUAAUCCCCCUAGUGGACCAAGAGCAUGCUCAAGAGAUCAUGGUGGCUUACAAGGCACCAGAGUACAAGCAACACCGCCGGAUAACCAAGAAAACUGAUAUUUGGAGCCUAGGAAUAUUGAUACUGGAGACUCUGACGGGGAAGUUUCCCGCGAGUUAUUUACAACACGGCAAAGGAAGUGACGGGGACUUGGCAGCAUGGGUGAAAUCUAUCGUUCGCGAUGAGGGGACGACGGUGGAGGUGUUUGAUAAAGAGAUUGGCGCGACGAAGAACAGUGAGGGGGAGAUGAUGAAGCUUCUGAGGGUGGGGUUGGCUUGCUGUGAAAAUGAAGUUGAGCAUAGGUGUGAUUUGAGGGAGGCCAUUGAGAGAAUUGAGGAAGUGAAAGAGAAGGAUAGUGAUGAUGAGUUCUACUCUUCGUAUGCUAGUGAAGGAGACAGAAAUUCUUCAAGAGGAUUAUCUGAUGAUUUCAAUUUCUCUCAAUGAAUGGUUGAAUAGGAUUUUGUCAUUUUUCAUUUCUUUUUUCUUUUUUUAAAAUUUUCUCUGGAAAUUGAAUGAUUUAGAUGGUGAAACUUGGGGUGUGACAGGUUUAUUUUGUGUGUAAUGGUAGGGGUGGAAAUAGAAUUUACAUGGGUUUUAGAAGAGUAAAAGGCUUCCUUAAUUUGGAUCUGAAUAGUUCUGGAUCUAAGAUCAGCAUUUAGGGUAAAAUGAGACAUUAGAGUGGGCUAGAUAUGUGGGCCAAAAGGCUUGCUAUUUUUGGUU